GAACGCGUAACGAUAGCAGCAAAAUCCGAGAGCUGCAAUCGUGGCUAAAACCAACCAAGAACAACAAUACCGAACUCAAGAAAAUAACAUCCCGGAAAAGAGACGAAAUUCUCACCGCCAAUUGCCGGUAGAAAGUGCGAAUAAACAAAUAGGAUAAACAAAUAUUUGUGAGUGGGGAAAACCUGGAAAAAUUGUUAGCACACAGAAAGUGUUUCCCUAGUGCAAAGUGAAAAACUCAAGAAAACUUUUUAAUUGGUGAAUUAUUAAAUUCAAGCCCAGCAAAUGAGGCGCACUAUUUUUUAAUGGAAGUCCCCGGAACGAGGAUAAUAACCAGCCCGAGGGAAGCAGCCUCAUCGGCGACCUGAUCCCGCGAUGUCCGCGUAAUGAAAGCGAAACUUAAAAAGUUGUCCUGCCGUCGCUGAGCGGAAAAAAGCCUGGGAAAAAGCCAAAAAUAAUACAAACAGGCAACUGAAAAUGAAGUCCGUCAUUUUGUAUCCAUAUGGACCGCUAACCGGCGGCACACGUUGCUGUCGCAUGUUGCAUGCCAAAAAUUUGGCCAUAACAAGUGCAAUUUACACAAUAAAUAUAUCUCUCCUAAUCGUACUGAUAUACUCGUGGCGCAUUAAUGUCAACAUGCACAAGUCGGCCGAUCUGCAGGAUGUCUACUACGGUGUUCAAAUAGCAUACUUCGCCAUUAUCGGCACACAAAUGUCCAUGAUAUUGCUGAGCAUUGUGUUAAUAUUUGGAAUAUGUCGGGAGAACCCCGGACUAAUUGUACCCUGGAUAAUUGGCUAUAUAACAUUUAUGGCCCUGGAAGCUGUCGCCAUGGUCUACUCCAAUGUUCUGCGCGAUCAUGUAAAUAAGCAAUUUGAUGCCAUGUGCAAAGCCGAGGUGGCUUUCUUUGUUGCUCGAGCCCUAAUAAACGUGCUGGCCAUGUGGGGAGUGCUGCGCUUCUACAACCUGGUGCGUUCUGGAAUUACUUGGCGAGGACCUGAGGCCAAGACCGCAAUUUUCGCGCCGAUGUAUAAGAGUGUUAGUACGAACAAGCCGCACACAUACACGUACAGCAAGCGGUCAAGACGUCGCCAUAGCAUCGAGGCGACUUCCGGCGGAUGCUGCGCCAUCUUCGAUUUCGACUUUGAGUACGACGAUGAUAACGAUGACGACGACGACGAUGCCUAUGGCGAUGGCCUGGACACGGAGGAUGAGGUGGGCUAUGACUAUGACGACUACUACGAUUACUACGACGAUGACGAGUUGGCGGAGCAGCAGCAGUUGGGCCUGCAGCAGGACGAUGCGGACUGCAGCAUGUUGGGGGCGGCCAGGGCAGGCAGAUCGCGGUCCAAGCCUCGAUCCGCUGUGGUCAAGGUCAAGGGUCAGAGGAGCGGAAGCCGGCGCACCAACAACAACAUCCGCAGCGUGCUGAUCAACAAGCGGCACAACAAGUACAAAAUCGCCCGACCCCAAACGCAACUGGAGGUCAUCAACGAGUCGGAGAAGAGUGCGGGGAGCGGCAGCGAUGAGAACGAUUCGCUUUUGGUGGCCUAUGACAGCAGUUCGUCGAUGGCGUCGGUUUGACAUUGGCCGCCAUGCAAAUCGGGAACCGGAAAUGGAAAUGCAGCCAUUGGGGCAGAGGGAAGUGAUAGGUCCAGUGGUACAAACGACCGGGGAAAGUGCCAUAAUCACAGCGACUGCGACUGCGACAGCGCCAGCAACUGCAACAUCAGAACCGGAAGCGGAAGUGAGACCGACGACGACGGCGAUCCUGACGAGGGCCAGCAUCUGGAACCUGGGUGGCCGAAGGGCGUCCGCCUCCGUGGUCAAUGUUGUGGUCAGCGUCAGCGCCGACGUCCACUGCGACGCGUCUACUGCGCUGUAAAUCUGUCCAUAAUGGGCCUCCUGGUGGCCGUGGAGAUAUACGCCCAGAUCGCCAUAUUCCUGUAGACCAGAAACCCCUCUUUGAAAUGUUGGCCACAUAACAAGAUUUGUUCUAAAGAUAAAAAGAUAAAUAUAAAAAAGUACCCUUUAAAUGCCAGAUAGAUUACAGCUUUAAAUGUAAAUAACUUAGACAAAAAUAUUAUUAAACAAAAAACUUUAGCUAAUGCUUUAACAACGCUGAAUAAAAAUAACUCAUAUCGCAACAUUAAUACUUUUAUGAAAUUAUGGGUUGCAUUAUCUGGUUUAUUCUAUUUAUAUAUUCUUUUACCAUGAAUUUAAAUAAAGUCCUAAAAGAUUUCUGAACAAUCUAUUAAACGUAGAUAAUUUUCAGUCAACUCGCUUUGAAAAAAAUAAUUUUCAAAUCACCAAUGCAAAACUCUUACUGUAAAUACGUCAAAUAAAGGUCAAAGUUAGCAAAAUGUCAGUAAUAGUAAGAACAAUAGUAGCAGUAACUCUAAAUGUUUAAACAUAUUAAAAGUAAAUUUCAUAUCCAAAAAGAUAAAAAAUCCAUAGCAUAUUAAAGACCUCUCCAAGAGAUAAAUGAAACAAUUUUCUGUUAAUAAGGAUAAAGUAGUCUCCAGAAUUAAGUUAACAGACAAAAGCCACUUUAUUGCAAAGCCCAAACAAAAGCUUUAAAAUAAUUAAAUUAAAUAAAUCGCAUGUCUAUCCAAAUAAAAUAAAAAUAAACAGCCCGAGCAAAAGUCAGAGAAACAAUAAAAACAAGAUUUGACAGAAACGUUAAACGAUUAAAAUGUUUGUGAAGUGCUUAGGAAAUUACUUUGUAAAUACUUCCAGCUAUCUCAAGUUGAUGUCAGUGACGUACAAGAAAAUAAGCGAAAUUAAACCAUAUCUAUAAAUGUUGUAUAUAUAGUAAGUGAUAUUAAGUACAGUUGCGCCAAAACACACUAGAAGCCAGUUUAAAACUAACCAAUAAAUGUGAGUUGAUGUAUACCUUACGAUAAACCAAUAAUAAACACUUGAUAUUUGUGAAA